AUGAAAACCUGUAAAUCCAGUCAGCUGGACGCAGGUGUGGAGCCAGACACGCAGUGCAGAAGUGGAGCAGGCUGCGUUGUGAAGUGCAGCUCGGAGAGGAUGGAGAACGCUGCCAAGAGGAGACUGGCUGCCAAUGCCCGCGAGAGGAGGCGCAUGCAGGGGCUGAACACGGCCUUCGACCGCCUCAGAAAGGUGGUUCCGCAGUGGGGGCAGGAUAAGAAACUGUCCAAGUACGAGACCCUGCAGAUGGCUCUGAGCUACAUCAUGGCUCUGACCAGGAUCCUGGCCGAAGCUGAAAGGUACAGUAGUGAGCGAGAGUGGAUUAGCCUGCACUGUGAGCACUUCCAUGCUGACAGCUACCAGCGCUACCCGGCACAGAAACCCGCAGCGGACAGCGAUCCUUACGCACAGAGGGUGCUCGGCUACCACCCCGAGCACUUCCAAAUAGCUAACUAGAACUUGUUGCCAGCUGGGAAUAUGCAGCAGGCCAGAUGUGUAACUUAAUAAUUAGCAAGAGUUAAUCUGCUUGGCUAAGGUAAUAUUGGCACGAUAAUA